GUGAUGGCUAGAAUCUUGGCUGCGCGUUCCGCGAAAAAGUAGUGCUAUCUGAAGUUCAGUGGCUGCCAACUGAAGGCUAGGUACAGUAGAGUGAAGGGAUGUCGUUUUGUUCUUUUUUCGGUGGAGAGGUCUUUAAAGACCACUUUAAACCAGGUGUGUAUGUGUGUGCCAAGUGUGGCUACCAGCUCUUUUCCAGCAUGUCUAAGUACGAACACUCGUCCCCUUGGCCAGCAUUCACAGAAACUGUUCAUGAUGACAGUGUGUCUAAGCAUGAGGAGAGACCGGGGGCAUACAAGGUACGUUGUGGGAAGUGUGGUAACGGACUAGGCCAUGAGUUUGUAAACGAUGGACCAGCCAAAGGACUCUCUCGCUUUUGAAUAUUCAGCAGCUCCCUGACGUUCAUCCCUAAAGAUAAGGUGGAUGGACAGUAAGGGGAGCAGAUGUGUUAGGUGCAUGUAGAAAUUUAGAAGUGUUUGGAGAGUGUCUGGACAGGUAAAUGUGGGGACAAAGGAUGAAGUGUCCUGGUCUAAAGCCCAGACUGGGACCACCAGGACACCGAUGGACAGUGACCUCACUAGAAAGCAAAUACAGUGGAAGACUCAGUAAUAUCAAAUAUAUACAAUGACAUAUUUAUGCACAUUAACCCCUUUGAUACGCACAAAGUUCUGACUAGGUCUCAAUAUGCUUGAUAUGCAAUCAUGGUUUCAUCUUCUAGCUUGACCUCUCAGUCAAAAGGGGAUCAUUACUGCUGUUUUGUGUCACAAAUGUCAGAAUGAAUACAAUUGAACUUCUAUUGAAAAACAGAAAUGAUAAAAUAGCUUUAUCAACCACCGCAGCACCAAUCAUAUGAAUCAUAAUUAUAAAUUCAUAUUUUCUUUUGGUCUUAUAAUAAAGAAUAU